AUGCCCGCGGCUGUCGAGGCGAUGGCAUCAACUCCAAACUCACAAGGUGCCAUGGAUAGUGCCAGUGCGGCGGAUAAGAAGCGCAACAAAUUAGGGUAUCAUCGGACAUCUGUCGCAUGCGAUUGCGACUCCUACGCACAGGGAAGUUUGCAGUUGAGCUUAUACAAGUGUCUUAUAGUGCAUUGCCGUCGACGAAAGAUCCGAUGUUUAGUUGCGCCAGAUGACGUACAAGGACGAUGUGAGAAUUGUAUACGAUUGCGCAAGGAAUGCCAGUUCUUUCCGGUCGACCAGCAACCGGCUGUGGAGAAGAAAUCACGACCUAGCUCGAGACUCGAAACCGGAUCUGCGGACCACUCGACGACACCGAUUUCAUCUUCGCCUACCAAUAUAAAUACAGACUCCGUGGAGGCAUAUUACCCGUACCCACAGGUUCCUUUGAGCGCCUCGUCCGGCCAGGAGAUGGCAGCAUUUAAUCCAGCAUUUGGGGGGGGUCCAAUGACGGGGUUUGCACCGGGUAGGUUGUCUUCUUUACAGGAUGAUCGUAUGGGAACAUAUGGCUCCUCCUUCUCUCUCCCUCCUGCCUCGCCAGUAGAUCGAUCAAUGGGACCAGGAGAAUUCACGGGCCACCCGGCAAUGGAAACCGGAGUGCCGUGGGAUGAGUUUACGACAAUAUCAGACCCACAAAUGUUGGCCUCGAUAGCCGCCAGCAAAGGACAGAUGAUGAAUUUGGCACCAAACGUCUGGAACCCGGCCGUGCCUGCAGGAUUAUCACCCAGCUCGCCCAUUGCAGGUGCACCGCCGAUGACGGGCCAAGGUCAACCGAUGAACCCAGGCCCUGCGUAUACGAUGCAGCCGGAUGGAACGGUCUGGCAAGUACCACCGCAACCAUCCCGAGCCAUGAGCUAUCCCGGUCAGACGGACAUGAGCGCCUCAUACCCGAGCCAAUUCCAAGCACCAAUGGCCCCCGAUCUUAAACGCAGGAUGACCACUCCAGCCGCCGGCUCCCAGGGCUCACCCAUCCCCAGUCCUGACAUGCAAACCCCCGGAGCGGUUCCUUUCCAGCCCCAAGCGAACAUGGGAUUCACUCAAUGGCCUCCCAUGAAUGCCAUGUCUGGCAUGAGUGUCGUUCCCUAUCCAAUGUACUCGGGCGAUGUCCAGCAACCACUCUAUACCACCAACGCUCCUCCCAUGGGCCAUCCGGGAGCUCCAGGGCGUUCUGGGCCCUAA